AUGAUUGAAGAUUGUGGGAAAAGAGGAAAUACCAUGGCAGAAAGAAGGCAGCUGUUUGCAGAAAUGCGGGCUCAGGAUCUGGAUCGCAUUCGCCUCUCCACCUACCGCACGGCCUGCAAGCUGAGGUUUGUCCAGAAGAAAUGCAACUUGCACUUGGUGGACAUCUGGAACGUGAUAGAAGCCUUGCGGGAGAACGCGCUCAACAACCUGGACCCCAACCUGGAGCUGAACGUGGCUCGCCUGGAGGCUGUGAUUUCAACUAUCUUCUACCAGCUCAACAAACGGAUGCCAACCACCCACCAGAUCAACGUGGAGCAAUCCAUCAGCCUGCUGCUCAACUUCUUGCUAGCAGCCUUUGAUCUGGAAGGACAUGGUAAAAUUUCCGUUUUUGCUGUCAAAAUGGCCUUGGCAACUCUUUGUGGGGGGAAGAUCAUGGACAAAUUAAGAUACAUCUUCUCGAUGAUUUCUGACUCCAGUGGAGUGAUGGUUUAUGGCAGAUAUGACAUGUUUCUGCGGGAGGUUCUCAAGCUGCCCACGGCUGUCUUUGAAGGGCCUUCGUUUGGUUACACCGAGCAGUCGGCCAAGUCUUGUUUCUCACAACAGAAAAAAGUCACAUUAAACACUUUCCUGGAUACUCUCAUGUCUGAUCCCCCGCCACAGUGUCUAGUGUGGUUGCCACUUCUGCAUCGACUGGCAAAUGUUGAAAAUGUCUUCCACCCCGUGGAGUGUUCCUACUGCCACAGCGAGAGCAUGAUGGGCUUUCGCUACCGCUGCCAGCAGUGUCACAAUUACCAGCUCUGUCAGGACUGCUUCUGGAGGGGCCACGCCAGCGGUUCCCACAGCAACCAGCACCAAAUGAAGGAGUACACGUCAUGGAAAUCACCUGCUAAGAAGCUAACUAAUGCCCUUAGCAAGUCUUUAAGCUGUGCUUCCAGCCGUGAACCUUUGCACCCAAUGUUCCCUGACCAGCCUGAAAAACCUCUAAACCUGGCUCAUAUUGUGCCCCCCCGACCUGUAACCAGCAUGAAUGACACACUCUUCUCCCACUCUGUCCCCUCAGGAAGUCCUUUUGCAAACAGAAGGUUGCAGUACAGCCUCGGUGUGGCAGACAGGCUGGCCGAUGAACAUGGUCUCAUCGGGCUGUAUGUCAACAUGCUGCAGAGCCACCCCGCACGCGUGCUCGACAGCGCCAGUCGCCUGGAUGAAGAGCACAAGCUGAUCGCCAGGUAUGCAGCAAGGCUGGCAGCAGAAACCUCCUCAUCACAGAGAGGGGCAUCAGAUAUCUCCUUCACCAUUGAUGCAAACAAGCAACAGAGGCAGCUGAUUGCAGAGCUUGAAAAUAAAAACCGAGAAAUCCUGCAGGAGAUCCAGAGGCUGCGACUUGAGCACGAGCAAGCGUCUCAGCCCACACCAGAGAAGGCACAACAAAAUCCCACUCUGCUUGCAGAGCUCCGGCUCCUGAGACAGAGGAAGGAUGAGCUGGAACAGAGGAUGUCUGCUCUCCAGGAAAGCCGGAGGGAGCUCAUGGUUCAGUUGGAAGGCCUCAUGAAACUGCUGAAGGAAGAAGAAUUGAAACAGGUAACCCAAGGGGCAGGCUCCCCACGUUCCUCACCCAGCCACACCAUCAGCCGACCGAUUCCGAUGCCCAUCAGGUCUGCCUCUGCCUGCUCCACCCCGACGCACGCGCCUCAGGACUCGCUGACCGGGGUGGGAGGAGAUGUGCAGGAAGCCUUUGCACAGAGUAAGAGAGGCUGA